AUGGCCAAGGAGACCAGCUUCCUGGAAGAGUGGCGGUUGGUUGACACCUUCUGCAUCUGCGAAGGGCACAGUGUGCCUCGCUGCCCCACGUAUGAGAUUUAUGUGGAGACCUGCGGGCAGAAUGCUCAGAACCAAGUCAACCCAGCCACGUUUGGGAAGCUUGUGCACUUGGUUUUCCCUGUUCUUGGCACCCGGAGGUGGGGCACAAGAGGAAGUGCCAGGUACCAUUACGACGGGAUCCGUAUCAAGAAAAGUUCUUUCUUCUGUGCCCAGUACUGCUGCCUUCUGGGUGAAAAAAGAUAUCACAGUGGAGAUGUCGUUGCCUUUGAAAAAUCUACGAAUUAUAACAGCAUUCUCCAAGAAGGAGGAGCAGGUGACAGUCAUUAGCCGAAUAAGACAGACCCAGUUGGAUCACCUUUGUCUGAAUUCAGAAGUCCAUUCUGGGAGCAGGAACUGGCAGAGAAGCUACUCCUACAAAUGAUGGCCUUUCUCGCUGACGAAUACUGCAGCUAUUGUCAAGACAUUUUACAGAACGUGGAGGACUCACUCACGUCCUUCUGGAAAUCUCUGGAGCAGGACACGGUCAUGCUCAUGUCAUUGCCUGACGUGUGCCAGCUCCUUAAAUGCUACGGCGGACAGCUGUACAUAGGAGGAAGCUCCUUCGAGGUGCUGAUGUUCUCCUUUUUGGAAGAUGUUUCUAUUCAGCAUCUGAAAUCUGUCCAGUUGUUUAGUAAGAACUGUAAGCUGUGGUCCCUCACUGCUUUGGAAGGUUUUCCAGCCCUCUUACAGAUCUCCAAGCUCAGAGAAGUUACUGUGUUUGUCAAAAGACUGAGAAGAAAGACAUACCUUUCCAACAUGGCAAAGACCAUGAGAAUGGUGCUGAAAAACAGCAGGAGAGUCAGCAUCCUGAAAUUGGAUCUACACGCCAUCAUGCAUCAGGGUGCUUUGGAUAUUUCCGAGAAAGCCCUGACGAGUAACCCGAGCGGCACUGACGACCUGGAGGGGAACACAGAGGUGAAAUGUUUGAGCAGUUUAAUUUCUUUGCUGGCGAUGUCAGCAGACCUCAGUGUAUUCCUGAAUUGUCUGUCUUCAAGCCUCCAAACAUUUGUCUUCCAGCCGAACAGAAGCAAAGAGGAGUUUAUCAGAUUGGCCGCCAGCUUCCAGCUGAGAUGGAAUUUCCUCCUCCCGCCGGCCGUGAGCAAAGCUAUGACCCUCCGGCACAGAGACAGCUUCGGCUCCUGGCAUCUGUUUCAUUUGCUGCUUUUGGAAUAUGUGAUUCACAUACUUCAGUCGUGCAUAGAGGAAGACGAGGAGGACGGUGACGUGGGAAAUCUCAAGGAGACGCUACCAGAUGACUAG